AUGUCGAAUCUACCGUCCUGGGUGCCCGAAUUCGAGCGCGUCUUCAACUUCAAGAAGCACGAGGGACCUCUGCUCUUCACGCUCGCCACAGUCGACCAGCAGAAUCGCCCCAGAGCCCGAACCUGCGUGUGUCGUGGAUGGCUCUUUAACAGCAGAAACACCGGAGUGCUACUGUUCACCACAGACCGGCGCAUGGACAAGACGAGCCAGCUAGCCGAAAAUGACGCCUUCGAGGCGGUCUUCUACUCGGAGGCGCACCACGCGCAGUUCCGAAUCCAGGGCUUCGCUAAACUGCUGUCCGAUGACAUGACUCCCGCCAUGGCCCACGCCCCCGGCUCCACCUACGACGCCAUUGGCCAGGUCCUGUACGAGAACAAGAACAAGGACCAACUGUACAGAACCGUGGAUGAUCGAAGUUACCCUAUUUAUGGCAACAGCUCCCCCCAGGGCCUGUCCCCCACAGGCUCCCCCAAGCCCGACGACUUUGAGGCUGUCAAGUCGCGGCUGGGUAACAUGAGCGACACAGACAGCAUCACGUCGUCGGAUGAGACCGGCGCCACCAGCGCAGCAUCGACAAACUCAUCACCCAGUAGCGAGGAGUGGAACAAGGAGUACCACCGGGUGUGGGAUUCGUUGUCCCCCACCACCAAGUCGUCGUUCCGAAAGCCUCAGCCUCGGUCGCUGAUGAGCGACGACAAGAAGAAGCAGCUGGACAAGUUUGCCCGAGGAGUAGACGGCGAGCACGAGGAUCUCAGCAAUUUCGUCGUGGUGCUGUUGUGUCCCAACCGGGUCGACUUUUGCACCGUGGACGGCGCCGGCUACAGAAACAUCUUCACCCGGCUGGGAGAGGAUGAGUGGCGAGAGCAGGAGGUGUGUCCUUAA